AUGGCCACUCAUGCGCUUCCUCCGCUCCCAUAUGCAUACGAUGCUCUGGAGCCAGUGAUCUCAAAGCAGAUCAUGGAGCUUCAUCAUCAGAAGCACCAUCAAACCUACAUUAACAACCUUAAUGCCGCGCUUGCUGCCCAUACCUCGGCUACCCAGGCCAACGACGUCCCUGCCCUCAUUGCCCUGCAGCAGAAGAUCAAGUUCAAUGGCGGCGGUCACAUCAACCACUCCCUCUUUUGGAAGAAUCUCACCCCUCCUGGCAGCCCCGAAAAUAACCUGGCGAAGUCCGCCCCCUCCCUGAAAGAUGCCAUUGUAUCCCGUUGGGGCUCCGAAGGCAAGUUCGUCGACGCAUACAGUGCUGCAAUGUUGGGGAUUCAGGGGAGUGGAUGGGCAUGGCUUGUCAGCACUGGGGGGCCGAAAGGUCGUCUUGAGAUUACUACGACCAAGGAUCAAGACCCAGUCACUGCAUCUGACAUUCCACUCGUGGGGUCUGAUCUCUGGGAGCAUGCCUUCUAUCUAGAUUAUCUGAACAACAAGGCGGGAUAUGUUCAAAACUUUUUCAAGGUCAUCAACUGGGCUGAAGCCGAGAAGCGUUAUACGGCCGGUGUGGAGAACCCAGUGAAGCUGUGA